AAAACAGGUGUUGGCAAGGAUGUGAAGAAGUUGGACCCUCAUAUACAGCUGGUGGGAUCGUAAAAAGGUACAGCCACCUUGGAAAACAAUCUUAGCAGCUCCUCAAAUAUUAAACAUAGAAUUACCAUGUGACUUAGCAAUUCCACUGCUACGUAUUUACCUAAAAGAAUUAAAAACAUACCCACACAAAAACUUGUACACCAGUAUUCGUAAUAGCCAAAAAUGGAAGUAACCAUUUGUGUCCAUCAACUGAUGUAUAGACAAAAUGUCCAUUAUCCAUGCAAUGACAUAUCGCUCCUUCAUGAAAAAGAAAAUGGGGCAGUUGGCUCACUCAGUCCGUAGAGCAUGUGACUCUUGAUCUUGGGGUCACAAGUCGGGCCUAGAGCUUACUUUAAAAAAAAGUGGUGAUACAUGCCGUAACAUGGAUGCACCUUGAAAAAUUAUGCUAAGUGAAGGAAACCAGACACAAAGGUCACAAUAUUUAUGAUUUCAUUUAUAUGAAAUGUUCAGAAUAGGCAAAUCCAUAGAGACAGAAAGCAGAUGAGUCAUUGCCAGGGGCUUGAGGGGAUGGCAGAGUGGAGAAGUGACUGCUAAUGGGUAUGGGGUUUCUUUUUGACGUAAUGAAAAUGUUCUGAAAAUAGUGGUGAUGGUGUACACUUUGACUCUUCUAAAAACUACUCAACUGUAUACUUUAAAAGGCUGAAUUUUAUGAUACAUGAAUUUUAUCUCAAAGCUAUUUAAAAAAAAAAAGAAUAUGGCAACCAAAGGGAAUAAUAUCUUCUUGACGAGCAAUGAAUCAGUAUUUGAGGAAUGGGAAAAGUCCAGUGAUAAAGAAGGCAUAAGUCGGUGGAAUGAAUCAUCUCCGAGAGAAUGGCAUAGUACACCGCGAUAUCAAGCCAGGAAAUAUCAUGCGUGUUAUAGGGGAAGAUGGGCAGUCUGUGUACAAACUCACAGAUUUUGGCGCAGCUAGAGAAUUAGAAGAUGAUGAGCAGUUUGUUUCUCUGUAUGGCACAGAAGAAUAUUUGCAUCCUGAUAUGUAUGAGAGGGCAGUACUAAGAAAAGACCAUCAGAAGAAGUAUGGGGCAACAGUUGAUCUUUGGAGCAUUGGGGUAACAUUUUACCACGCAGCUACUGGAUCACUGCCAUUUAGACCAUUUGAAGGUCCACGUAGGAAUAAGGAAGUGAUGUAUAAAAUAAUUACUGGAAAGCCUUCUGGUGCAAUAUCUGGAGUACAGAAAGCAGAAAAUGGACCAAUCGACUGGAGUGGAGACAUGCCUAUUUCUUGUAGUCUUUCUCGGGGUCUUCAGGUUCUACUUACUCCUGUUCUUGCAAACAUCCUGGAGGCAGAUCAGGAAAAGUGUUGGGGUUUUGACCAGUUUUUUGCAGAAACUAGUGAUAUACUUCAUCGAAUGAUAAUUCAUGUUUUUUCGCUACAACAAAUGACAGCUCACAAGAUUUAUAUUCAUAGCUAUAAUACUGCUACUGUAUUUCAUGAACUGGUGUAUAAACAAACCAAAAUUAUUUCUCCAAAUCAAGAACUCAUAUAUGAAGGACGACGUUUAGUCAUAGAACCUGGAAGACUGGCACAGCAUUUCCCUAAAACAACGGAGGAAAAUCCCAUCUUUGUAGCAAGUCGGGAACCUCUGAGUACCAUAGGAUUGAUAUAUGAAAAAAUUUCCCUCCCUAAAGUACACCCACGUUACGACUUAGAUGGGGAUGCUAGCAUGGCUAAGGCAAUAACAGGAGUUGUGUGUUAUGCCUGUAAAGUUGCCAGUACCUUGCUGCUUUAUCAGGAAUUAAUGCGAAAGGGGAUACGAUGGUUAAUAGAAUUAGUUAAAGAUGAUUAUAAUGAAACUGUUCACAAAAAGACAGAAGUUGUGAUCACACUGGAUUUCUGCAUCAGAAACAUUGAAAAAACUGUGAAAGUAUAUGAAAAGCUGAUGAAGAUCAACCUAGAAGCAGCAGAGUUAGGUGAAAUUUCAGACAUACACACCAAGUUGUUGAGACUUUCCAGUUCUCAGGGAACAAUAGAAACCAGUCUUCAGGAUAUCGAAGGCAAAUUAUCUCCAGGUGGUCUGCUGGCAGAUACAUGGGCCCAUCAAGAAGGCACUCAUCCAAAAGAUAGACAUGUAGAAAAGCUACAAGUCCUGCUAAAUUGUAUCACAGAGAUUUACUAUCAGUUCAAAAAAGACAAAGCAGAACGAAGAUUAGCUUAUAAUGAAGAACAGAUCCACAAAUUUGAUAAGCAAAAACUGUAUUACCAUGCAACAAAAGCUAUGACCCACUUUACAGAUGAAUGUGUUAAAAAAUAUGAGGCAUUUUUGGAUAAGUCAGAAGAAUGGAUGAGAAAGAUGCUUCAUCUUAGGAAACAGUUAUUAUCCUUAACUAAUCAGUGUUUUGAUAUUGAAGAAGAAGUAUCAAAGUAUCAAGAGUAUACAAAUGAGUUACAAGAAACUUUGCCCCAGAAAAUGUUUGCAGCCUCCAGUGGAAUCAAACAUACCAUGACCCCAAUUUAUCCAUGUUCUAAUACAUUAGUGGAAAUGACUCUCGGUAUGAAGAAAUUAAAGGAAGAAAUGGAAGGGGUGGUUAAAGAACUUGCUGAAAAUAAUCAUAUCUUAGAAAGGUUUGGCUCUUUAACCAUGGAUGGCGGCCUUCGCAAUGUUGACUGUCUUUAGCUUUCUGGAAGUUUGAGAACAGUUUUAAUUUGCACAAGAAGAUAAUGCUGGGGCAUUAAAUGAAUGCCUCUAUAAGUGGUCUCUUAUUUCUACAGUUCAGUAUUUGAUGUGGGCAUGUAAAUAUGUACAAUAAUGUAAAUACAUAAAAAAUAUAUAAAUUUUUGGCUGCUGUUAAGAUGUAAUUUUACCUUUUAACAUUUAUAAUUAAAUGAGGACAUGUGACCUCAGUGAGCACUAGAAGAAAGCCAUGACCAAUAUGUUGAAAUACUGAUCCUCUACUCUACUGAGUGAGGCUGAGUUCUACAUCUCUGCCUACUGGAAACAUUUUUUAAAUGGAACCAAAAUUGUCAUCCUUACAAAUCAGAAAAGACUAAUAGUUGACAUGUUUAUAAGUGAUAGAAUGGAGAAGUGGCUUCUUUGGGUAAGGAGCUGAACCGAACCACUGUUUUACUAGGAUCACAAUUUUGGGGGAAGGAUAAUUUCAUUUUACAAGGUGCCCAGAACCCAGUUAUCAUCGUAUGUGUUUAAUUUCAGAUAAAUUAUUGAGCAGACUUUUUAAAGUGAUGUAAUUAUUAAAAAUUGUUCGUUUUAUUUUGGCCAUAAGUGUACAACCGUCUUAAAAAUUUUAGGAUUAUUUCUGCUGUUUCAAGCUGUAUAUUUUUUGUUUAAUUUAAUUCCACUUACUCCAUCAUGAAAAAAUAUCAAUAAAUUUCUCAGUUUUAAUGUAAAA